GAUCGCGCUCCUGAGCCCGACCCUUCCGUAGCGGCCGAGUUUGGGGCAACAUCUCGUGUCGCUGCCGCCAGCAAGCCCGUCUGUCCCCCAUCAGGAAGGCCACAUGGGCUACGAGAUCACCUGCCCGUGGAGGAGCCGCCUGCCUCGCCUCCAGGUGCGGACUUGGAUCGAGCCCGUGGUGGCCUCGACCCAGGUGGCCGCCUCCCUCUAUGACACAGGGCUACUCCUGGUGGUGAAGGCAUCCUUCGGGGCCAGGAACUCCUCCAACCACAGCACCACCCUGUCUCCCCGGGGAGCUGAAGAGGACCAGCAGCAGAAGGCCAUCUCCAAUUUCUACAUCAUCUACAACCUCGUGGUGGGCCUGACGCCCUUGCUGUCCGCCUACGGGCUGGGCUGGCUCAGCGACAGUUACCACCGCAAGAUCUCCAUCGCCGUGUCGCUGCUGGGCUUCCUGCUGUCCCGCCUCGGACUGCUGCUCAAGGUGCUGCUGGACUGGCCGGUGGAGGUGCUGUACUGGGCAGCGGCGCUGAACGGGUUGGGCGGUGGCUUCUCAGCCUACUGGUCCGGGGUCAUGGCACUGGGAUCCCUGGGCUCCUCCGAGGGCCACCGCUCCCUGCGCCUCAUCUUUAUCGACCUGAUCAUGGGCUUCGCAGGGUUCUGCGGCAGCGUGGCCUCGGGAUAUCUCUUCAAGAAGAUGGCCGGGCACUCGAGGCAGGGCCUGCUGCUGACGGCCUGCAGCGUGUCUUUUGCCUCUUUUGCCUUAUUCUAUACCAUCUUGGUGCUGAAGGUCCCUAAGGCCGUAACCAAGCCCAGCAAGGAGCUCCCCAGCGUGGAUUCUGUAUCUGGCACAGUGGGCACUUACCGCACCCUGGAUCCUGACCAGCUGGACAAGCAGAGUGCAGUGGGGCACCUUGCAUCUUCCAGAAAAGCAAAGCCCCAAAAAACCAUCAUUGCCCUGCUCUUUGUUGGUGCCAUCAUGUAUGACCUGGCUGUGGUGGGCACAGUAGACGUGAUGGCCCUCUUUGUGCUGAGGGAGCCUCUGAGUUGGAACCAAGUGCAGGUGGGCUAUGGUAUGGCUUCUGGGUACACCAUCUUCAUCACCAGCUUCCUGGGUGUCCUGGUCUUCUCCCGCUACUUCCAGGACACCACCAUGAUCAUGAUUGGCAUGGUCUCCUUUGCAUCAGGAGCCCUCCUCUUGGCCUUUGUGAAAGAGACUUACAUGUUCUACAUUGCACGAACUGUCAUGCUGUUCGCUCUCAUCCCCAUCACAACCAUCCGGUCAGCCAUGUCUAAACUCAUAAAGGACUCUUCUUAUGGAAAAGUGUUCGUCAUACUGCAGCUGUCCUUGGCUCUGACUGGGGUGGUGACAUCCACCAUGUAUAACAAGAUCUAUCAGCUCACCAUGGACAAGUUUGUCGGCACCUGCUUUGCUCUCUCCUCCGUCAUAUCCUUCUUGGCCAUUGUCCCAAUUGGAAUUGUGGCCUACAAACAAGUCCUGGUCUUGCGAUAUGAAGACAGGACAGAGAAAUGAAGGUGCAGAUCUACAGAAGCUAAGAAUACCAGCAGUGGCUGCGUCUCCCAGAAGACUAAAGAAGGGACCAGAGAACUGGUGACCAAAGCAACUACUACUGCAGAAACCCAAGUUCCAGGCAAAGUUAGCCUCCAAAUAGCUCUGGUUAAGGGGUCCCAGGUGGAUGGGCAAAGCACUUUCUGGGUGAUGGAUGAAAUUUCUCAGCUUUCAGUUGCCCCUAUCAAGCAGAUGUUAGGUUCUGAGGUGCCAGCUGCCCCCUAGGUCGGGCUUUGGGCUCUAACUAGAGCAGCCAGCCAGCCCCCUUCUUCCAGCCCCCUUCUUCCAGGUACUUUUUUUUU